AUGGCAUCAAUCGAAUCUCUUAUUGUUGCCAAUUAUUCAUUCACCUUAAUUAUCGUUGGUACUGUACUCAAUGCUACAACGCUCCUUAUUCUGUCUCGACCAAGAUUUAGAAAUACUAGAGCAAGACCCAUGCUCCACUAUAUGCGCACAAUGGCCAUCCUCGAUACUUUUAUGUUGUAUGGAUGGAACCUCGAUCACUAUCUAACAACCAUUCAGAGUUUCUAUAUUUUACGUUAUUCCUUGGUUUCAUGCAAAUUCGUUUCGUUCAUCAGCUAUUUCGCACCUCAAUCGUCAGCAUGGCUGCGUGUUUUUGUUUCUCUCGAUCGGUAUUUAUCAUUGAGUCGACUUCAUCGAACAUGGUUUAGUAAUUCCAAGCACACCCUAAUGAUAAUCGCAUGUAUAUUAGUCAUUCUCUUUGCUCUCAACCUUCAUUUUUUCUUGUUUGUCUGCUAUUAUCGACAGAACGGGACAAUAAGUGCUUUGUCUUGGUUGUAUGAUGUCUAUCCACUAUGGGACUAUGUCAAUCUAGGUGUUUGCAACAUUGUGCCUUUCAUACUGAUGGUGAUAUUCAACAGCGGUGUUAUAUAUCAUCUCAUUAUUCUUCGACGGACCACAACUUUGCAGAAUCCGCGCAUCCAACAUCGAGCAAUCUCGAUUACUCUGGUCAUCACAACAUUUAUCUUUCUGGCUAUGACGAUGCCAUCGGCUAUAGCAUUUGCCUUCUUUUCUGAUGCCAAUGACACGCUUCUGAAAUUCUUCGACAGUUUUCUUUAUUCGUACUAUGUACUUUCAUUUCCAUUGUACAUGCUGACCUUUCCUGAAUUUCGUGAGGAAUGUAUUUCAAUAGUUGGACUGAAGGGAUGGGAUCGCAGAAUUCAACCACAAACCCAAGUUCCACUACAAACAAUUUAA